AUUACAGGCAUUUACAGCUGUUUCAAUGUUUAUUCUUCACAAUUGAACAUGUGGCGUAUACGAGAUAAAACAUAAUAUUAUCAAUGUACCUAUCCCGACUUAAGUAAAAUGUGGUGGCACGAUUUAAAUAAUUGUGUGUGCUGAUAACUUCAAACAAACUUUCUACAACCUUAAUGGUUUAAUUUUAAUAUCAGUCGACUCAGUCGACGUCGUACCAUUUGUGAUUCAUGUUCUAGUCUUUAAUAAGUAGUAAUAAUAGUAAAAUGUGAAUUUUUUUCGAUACAACAAUAAUAAUUUUAUUCAUUUAUUCGACUCUUUUUGGUCUAAAUAUUUUAUUUAAACGGUCGUUGAUUUACCAUUAAUUAUGUUCAAUAUGAUUUUUUAGUAUUUUGAUAUUUCGUUCUAGUUAGGUAAUGGAAUAUUGGCUGUAAUUGCAUCGCCAUUCACUUGUUGCGAUAAUGGAUUUUCACACUUUACUAUACCAGGCACAAAAAAACAACACAAGAGACAAUGAAGUUAGAUAUUUCAAAGCAUCAUUGGAUCCACCGAAAAAAGAAACAAAAGAAAGUAGACAAUUGUCUGAUAGUAUUAAGAGGUUUUUAGCUAAAAAAGAUGAAGAAGAUAGACUCAAACAAAUAGAAGAACAGAAAAAAAAAGAUGAAUUAAUAUUGUUGCGUAGUCAAGAUAGGAAAUCAUUCAAAAGGGUUCAGUCUAUGUUAAACCGAACUAAGUCAGCAAAUAAAUCAGUUAUCGAGGAUGCUAAAGAUGAUGUUAAUACAUCUGUUACCAUGGCUGGAUUUAAUCAACCGGAUGAAGAUGACUAUGGAUAUGUUUCUAAAGAUGCCAUGGCCAUAUAUAACAAUAUUAUGAACAAAUAUGUAAAUACUCCAGCUGAUACAAGAAGUGUAAAAACUGCUAAUCACAGAAGUCAUGACAUUUCUGGUACAAAAGAUCGUGUUAGAGCAGCAUUGUUGAAAGAAGAAGAAGAUCAAUUACUGCCACAUAAAAGAAAAAGAAAACCUAAGGACAUAGAUAAUGGGGAAGAUUAUCAGGAUAGUGUUGAACCACAGCAAAAAAAAUCCAAACCUGAUAUUAAUACAGAAAAAAUCAAAAAACGACCAUCACAACCUCCACCAUUAAAUUUUCAAGAAUUACUUAAAAUUGCUGAAAAAAAACAAUAUGAACCUAUAAUAAUUGAAAAACCUAAGAAGGAAGAACCUUUACCUAUGAUGACCAAAAAAGAAAGACAAAAAUAUUUAGAAGAAAAGAGAAUUGAAGAAAUAAGACAAGCUAGGCGACAAGGCAAACCCUUACCUGUUACGACUGAUAGACCCAAAGAAAUUAAAUCAGUUGAAAGGAUUCAAAAAUCAUCUGCCUCUUCUUCGAAAGUUGAUAUACACGCAGAGGAUAAACUGAAAAAGAGUGCUUCUGUAUGGUCUAAAGAUUAUAAAAUUAGUAAAGAGCUAAAUAAUAAUAGUAAAAAUGAUAAAUAUGUGCCUAGGUCAUUAAAUAAUUCUGAAAGUUCACGAAUGAACUCAAAUGGUAAUAGAACCACUUCUAAAAGUUCAUUAGAACCAAGUAUGAUUAAUGAAAAAAGGUAUAAUUCUAAUGAUGAUCGUUAUUCACCAAAACCAAAAUCAAUCAAUGAUCAAUAUAUACCUAAAGCUAAAAAUUCUGUUGAAAAUAAUUUUUCACCAAAAUCUAGAGGUAUCUCAAACAAUGAUAGAUAUGUAUCUCAAUCUAGAAGUUCAUCGUCUGACAAGUAUUCGCCAAAACCCAAGAGUUCAAUGGCAUCUGAUAAAUAUGUUUCAAAACCAACCCCUACUGAAAGAUAUGUGCCUAAAUCUAGAAGUCCUCCAGCUGAGAAGUAUUCUCCAAAACCCAAAAGUUCAAUGUCUUCAAAUAAAUACGUGUCAAAAUCAACUCCUACUGAAAGAUAUGUGCCUCAAUCGAGAAGUCCACCACCUGACAAAUAUUCUCCAAAACCCAAAAGUUCAAUGUCUUCAAAUAAAUACGUGUCAAAAUCAACUCCUACUGAAAGAUAUGUGCCUCAAUCGAGAAGUCCACCACCUGACAAAUAUUCUUCAAAACCUAAGAGCUUAAUACCUUCUGAUAAAAAUGUUUCAAAACAAACACUCACUGAAAGAUAUGUGCCUAAAUCAAAAUUCUCAGCUGAUGAGAAAUAUUCACCAAAACUUAAAAGUAGUGUACAAUCAGAAAGAUACGUGCCCAAAGUAAAAAGCUCGCCUUCUAGUGAACGAUAUACACCUAGUGCAAUUAAGAAUUCAACUGAAAAAUACAGUCCUAGACCAAUGUCUUCUCAAAAUAUGAAAUCAAAACCUACCAGUUCAAACGAUAAAUAUGUCCCAAUGUCAGUUGAUAAAUCUAAAAAGUUACAGACCAGUAAUAAUACUAAACCUAGACAACUACCACCUAAGGAAAUGGCACCUAAACAAUUUCCUCCUAGAGAUAUGAAACCUAAGCAGUUCCCACCUAGAGACAUGGUGCCUAAGCAGUUCCCACCCAGAGAUAUGAUUCCUAAACAAUUUCCACCCAGAGAUAUGAUUCCUAAACAAUUUCCACCUCCUGAUAUGAGAAGGCGAGAUGAUCGGCAUAUGCCGAUGCGAAACAAACGUCAAGUUAUUGAAUCAGAUUCGGACGAGUAUGAUUCUGAAUUGGAUGACUUUAUUGAUGAUGGGCCUGAAGAUGAAGCUGAUUACUCCAAAGUUAUUUCAGAAAUUUUCAAAUACGACAAAUCAAAAUAUAGAGGAAUGGAUGAAGAUGAUGAAUGCAUGGAAUCUGAUUACCGUACUCUUCAAAAAGAAGAGUAUAAAAGUGCUAGAGCUGGGCUUUUGGAAGAUUUAGCAGAUAUUCGAAGAGAAAAACAAAUGAUGAAGAGACGGAAAAAACUUUAAUUUUGAUACUAUUUGUAAUUUUAGUAUGUUUACUUUUGUUACCUUAAUUUGUAUAAUCUUGUUUUAUAAGGUUUACUAAUCUUUACAAAGACAUAUUUUUGGUAUAGUUAAGUAUAUGUUUAAUAUAUGUAUAGUAUAUUUAUUAUUCAUUUAAAUGUUUCUUAAGUUGUAAUACAUUUUAAACAAUUUACUUAUUAGCAUUAGUAUUUUGCUUUUUUAGUCAUACUUAGUAUUAAAUUUAAAACUUCAUUGCUUUUUGUAUAUUUUACAUACAUAUUUAUCAUUGUUUCAUUUUUAUGUCUAUUCAAAACAAUCUUUAUUGUCUUUUGCUUUUGUACAAUUUUGUUUUAUUUAAACCUUUUAUUUAUAUUCUUUAAAUGUAACUGUCUUAUUUAUAUUUCUAUGAUCAUCAUUAUUUUUCCCAAUAUUUGAGUAAUACAUUAUUAAAUUAUUGUUUGGAAUUUGAGAUUAUGAGUACCAAGAUAAUGAACUAAUAAAUAAUAAUGAAUCAUUUCAUACUAUGAUUAUUGAUUAAUUUCUGAAUAUUUGCAUGAAUUAAUUAACUUGAUUUCCAAUUGUGGAUACCUUUUUCUUUGAAAAUAUAAUAAUAUUAUCAACUAUUUAAUUUUAAAUAUUGAAAUCAAAUAAUAUUGGACUUGGAGAAUUGUACUUUAGCCAAAAUAUUUAAACAAAACAAAAUUUCAAAUUUAAAUACUCAAAUCAUGUUAGUUAAUUGUUUAGUUGGGAGUAAAAUUGUGUCAUCUAAUUAAAUUAAGCUUAUGAGACAUUGGGAAAUAUUCAUAAUAUAUUAAGUGUCAACUAAUAGGGAAGUUAAUAACGAGCUAGUUUCAAUUUUUUUUUGUUUGACUUCUAUAUUAUAAUCAUUGAUAAUGUUGGUAAAUAUAUAUAGUGUUAUUUUAAAUAAAUAUAUGUAGUAAAUAAUAAUGAACAAUGUGAUGUAAUAUGUUUGGGUUUUAUACUUAAAAAUGUAUUUUUGUAAGUUUAAAUUAUUUACAAUUUAACUAUUUUUCAUUUAAUUUUCAGUUCUUACAGAUUUUAGUAUGUAUGUGCUAAAGGCAGGGCUUUUAACUUAUGCGUUUGUUUUUUCUUCUUGUGCAUAAUUCUUUGUUUUAGUUUGUUUGAAUAGUAUAUUUUUGUACCAAAACCAAUUUUACGUAUACUGUACCUUAAUAACCAUUUACCUGGUUUAUACAUAUAUAAAUAUAAUUUAAUUGAAUUUGGGGGGGGGGGGGCUAAGCUCCUCUGAUGCGCUCCUAUACUUGUAAUGUAAUAUAAUGACCGGUUUUUUUUGUUAAUUGAUUUGUUCAAAAUGAAAAUUAUAAAUAAUUGUUAAAUGCAUGUUGCAUGUGGGUUUAUAAUUUUUGUUAAAGUAAAUAAUUAUUAAUUAAUACCUAUUAUUGUAAAUAUAAUAACCGUGCAAGUGUAAAAUUUUUUUUUCCUUUGUGAUUGAAUCGGGAAAAAUUAAAUUGUUAUUAUUUUUAUUAUAUUGCAUAAGUAAUAUAGGUAAAUUAUUUGUUUUUGUUUUUAAAUAAAAGUACAUUAUAUUAUAAAAUUUGAGUGAAAA